GCGCUUCCGGUUAGUGUGGGAAACGUGUGGGAGAAGCUGAGUGAUGUGAGGAGUUAGUGAAGAUCGAACUGUCAUAUAGACAGUGGUGAAAAGCUUGUGGCUGCGAGAGGAGCGUGCGAUGCCUUGUCAGUCUUGUCAUAGUCGACUACCAUGACACGUUGGUGCGUUACGCACGAGGGAUGUCAACAAUUUAGAAAUCAAUAUGUGCACCAAAUCAGAGAGGGAGUAAUUCUCCUUUAGUGUGCACCGUAUAGCUUCAUUCUUGUCAUAUUUGGAUUCAAAUACACACAAACAAGUGGAAUUGGUUAGGAGCCUGCAUCGGCCCCUUUGCAACCAUUUUCAGUGAUGGAGGGGCAAAGGGAUGUACACAGCCCGGAGUUGAGUGAAGGGGAGAGCGUUUCUCCUUCUCCAAGUCUGCCUUCGCCGCCCAUCCUGCCUCUCCAAGCAGCGCAGCAGGCGCACAGAACCACCAACUUUUUUAUUGACAAUAUUCUACGGCCAGAUUUCGGCUGCAGGAAGGAGCAGGGUUUAGGUGCGAGGGAGAGGUCGCAGACUUCCAGCCGAGAGCGCGCCCACCCUUUGGUCGCCAGACCGAGUCAUCCUGGAACGCCAUGCCAGGAUUCCAAUUGCAGCAGCGACAGCACUUCUUCCUCCUCCUCGUCCUUGGCCUUGUCUCCAACUCCCAAAAAGAGCACCUCGUCCUCGAAAGCCAACGACAGCUCUGGAGGUAGCACGCCCAAGUUCGGCGAGAACACUUCUCCUGUUAUGGUUGUGAACGGCGUUAGUGGCGGCGCAGCGCCCUCCCCCGAGGCCCAACCGCUGCUGUGGCCUGCCUGGGUGUAUUGCACUAGAUACUCGGACAGGCCCUCAUCUGGCCCAAGGACACGGAAAUUGAAAAAGACGAAAAACGAAAAGGAAGACAAGCGACCCAGAACGGCGUUCACGGCUGAGCAGCUUCAAAGACUGAAGACGGAGUUCCAGGCCAACCGUUACAUUACGGAGCAGAGGAGACAGUCUCUAGCCCAGGAGCUCAACCUCAAUGAGUCACAAAUCAAAAUCUGGUUCCAGAACAAACGGGCCAAAAUAAAAAAGGCCAACGGCUAUAAGAACGGCCUGGCUCUCCAGCUCAUGGCGCAAGGAUUGUACAACCAUUCCACCACCACCAUUCAGGAAGACAAGGAGGAGAGUGACUGAGCCUUCGCUUGCCCCAAAUGUGCUACAAACUCGGAAAACUAUGGUGCAGGAGUCACCUUUUGGGGACGAAAUAUUUGUGGAUAGUCAAGGCUAGUGUAAAAUAUGUUCAAUUUGUUGAUAGGCUUGUGUAUGAAGAUGAACGAUACAAAUAUGCAUACAAGCUACGAACAUGAUGGAAAAUGAAUAGCCAAAAAUUAGACUGUAUAGAUAAUUUAAGGAGAAAGGGAUACAGUACUACUCACCCUGCACUUGGAUAAUGAUAUGAUUGCUAUCUUUGUCGCUUUAGGCCUAAUGUGUGAUCUCUCUCUUAUAUCAAACCUCGGUGAAUUUACAGACUGCGUGAUCUGCCACUUCAAGCCAAAGAUUUUAUCGAAAUAACAGCCUGAAAAAAAACAUCUAUGAAUCUCUCUCUUAUAGACUAUACUUUCUUCCUGAACUGCGAGUCCCUAACAAUCAGUAGGCCACUGUUUUUUUUUUUUCGUUGCCUGCCGCUUGAUGUAUUGCCUCAACUACGUGUGGGCCUGAAAGAUUGGCCUAUAUGACUCAUCUCGUGUUGGAUUCGCGAUAUCUUGGAAUACUACAACGAAAUAUAUGUGAUCUCCCUCGACAGUUAGAGGGAGUAUAUUAUCUACUACAUCUAAACCAUGUUUCCAAAUUAACAUUUUUAUAUUGGAAAAAAGGCAACACUACUCUUUUUUUGUAUUGUGCACUACUCUGUGCAAUAGGUUCAAUGAUUAAAUUAAUAAAUCGUAGUGUCUAUGGAGUUGGUUUACAGCUCAUUGAUUCAAGUGAGUGGGGUCACUGUAUCCAUAUUCACAUGGUGUAUUUUACAAAGGAACAUUUUAUUAUGAGGCAUCAUGACAUCAGGCCUGUUCAGAGCGUUGCAGGGCAUGACAUUGCCUUGCCUUGCCGUGCACUACUACAGCUCUCACUCAUUUCAUUAACUUUUUGUGUUGCACUACAAAGAUAAAACUCACCAUUUGCUCGUGUAACGAAUGAGAGCCAGUCAGAGCACGCGGCUCAAAGUGCGGCUGGAGUCAUUGGUCACGCUACUCUCUUCAAGAUCAUGCGCACGGUCUGUGUGCACAAGGUUGGGUCCACGAGUAUGUAAGAUUUCUUCCUUUUUCACUUUAGGCCUAUAUUGCAGGUAAAUAAACAAUGAAAAUAACAUUAUUAAUGACAAUUAUACUCAGAAUGACAUGCCUUAUUCUUGCAUUCUUGUAGAUAUAACAUUUCGAUUAAAAACAUCUUCCCAAACAUUUGGAUAUUAUAGCCUGAUCAGUUGAAAAUAAAUUAUUAAUUUGAAUUCUGACCUGCUCACAAUAUAGAGCUGCGUCUUAUCUAAAAGGAUGAAAACGAAGAGCAGGUAAAUAGCCUUUAAUGAAGUCCAUAAAACUCAAUAGGAAACGCACCCUAAUGGACUGGAUCACAUUUUAAGCAUAAUAAGGUGUUCUUUCCUUUUCCGGGGAUAAACGGGCCCAGAUAAAUAAUAAUACAUUUUGUUUUCCGUGCAGAGCACUCUUUGCACUGCACUUUUUGUACAAAUUUGGCUUAUUUUUUGAUUAAAGAGAACCAAUAGCCACACAAUACAUCUUAUAGGCUUAUAACAACGAUGCAUGAAUGAAGACUAUUGACACGCAACCUCUACCAGCCUAUUCACCAGGAAUGUAGGCCGAAGGCUGUCGUAAACAUAAUAAGUAAACUGUAGCCUAUAGCUCGUUUUACAGUUAUGAGCAAACGGACAAAUAUUCAGUUCUCUCUCUCUCUCCCUCUCUCUC